GUUUUUCCUCCUAACUCCGAAUCACUUCUGGAGCCAGCCUCUUUUCUCACUGUCCUCUGGGGGUGUUAUUGCGGGUGGGUUGGAUUCCGUUUCUUGGCAAGAAAGAGUGAGCACAGCAUCCUCUCAGUCCAGUCUCACCGAAUCCGUCCCCAACCCGAUCCGUCCUCCCCGCCGCCCCCGGGAGGUCUUGGUAUUUUCGUUCUGCUUUCCAUCUACCUCGUCAGCCUGUCUUUAUCUCUUUCCGUUGAGGCCUGUCGUUCUUGUGUCUUCCUUCCCCCUCUUCCCCUUUCUGUCUCUUCCUUCUGUGAACACGAACGUACGUCCCAACUUUGGAGAUAGACAAAAGGUGUUCGUACCCCCUGCAAUCCUCCAAUGGCCUCGGACCCAUCCCUUCACGACAUCCACCCCCUUUAACAGAUUGCGAUAAGGGAAAAAAGAGAGUCCCCCCCCCUUCUCAUACAAUCGGCCCAUAUACGCUUUUCGCAACCCAGGGAAACCUCUUUUCCCUCUCAAAGUUGCCGACCAGACCACACGCCAACCGACGCCUCCGUCUCGCCCCGUCCCGUCCCGUCCCGCCUUAACUUUCGAGCUAGACAACCGGAAGAUACCCGCGCGAAACCCUCCCCAUCUCCGAAACGAAAGGUUACCCAUCAAUCUUGAGCUCACUGCUAUCGGGACGUCUCUCAUCUCUGACGAACCUCGGUCACGAAAGUGGCCCGGAGAGUCCCAUCUCCAAGCCUUCGACAGCCGACUCGGUAGCUGCAUUAGCAACGAAGCUUCGCUCUCGAGUCGACGACCAUCCACUCGAACGAUCCUCCCUGGCCAUUACACCGAGGGGAGGAAUACGAACACGCAAGCUGGCGCCCUCGAGGGACAACCCCACGCCAACUACGCACACACAACACCUACACCCACACAUACACACCCCCGAACUAGCCGUCACAAUGGCAUUCCCAGCGCCGGCCCGCCCGCGCCGCGCCGUCGUCUGCUUCGCCUCUCUCUUCAUCCUUACCACGAUCUUCCUCGCCGCCACCCGCAUGGCCUCCUCCCUCGAGUUCGCCCUUCGCCGCCGUCCCACGACCCGUGAGGCCCCGAAGCGCUCCGCUGCCGACGCACCCAUGUCCUACGGCUCCGCCGCCAGGCCGGCCUUCACCGACCUCUCGGUCCAGAUCGCCACCCUGCCCGAGCAACACCUGCCCUCGCGCGCGAACCCGGGCCACCGCCUCGUCAUCGUCGGCGACGUCCACGGCAUGCGCGCCUCGCUCGACAAGCUGCUCGAGGAGCUGCGCUUCGACACCUCGCGCGGCGACCACCUCGUGCUCGCCGGCGACAUGAUCAACAAGGGGCCCGACUCGAGGGCCGUCAUCGACCUCGCCAUGAGCCUCGGCGCCUCCGCCGUCCGAGGCAACCACGAGGACCGCGUGUUGCUGGCCCACCGCAGCAUGCAGACGACGCACGUCGCCGAUGAGGACGCCCACGGGAAUCCCGUCACCAAGAGGGAGGAGGGAGCCGAGGCAGAAGAGCAUAAGACGGAAGAGCCCAAGACGGAAGAGCCAAAGCCAGAAGAUCACAAGGCAGAGGAUCCUGAGAAGGAAAACCCCAAGAAAGAAAACCCGACGCCCGAACCCGAGUCUGCCGACGACAAAGCCGCCGCUGCCGCCCCCGAGGCCUCAGAGACCCCCGAGGAGCCCGAGGAGCCCGAGCAGGACGACCUCGAGCCCACCAUCUUCCCCCACGGCGACUCCCGCGAGCGCGCCACCGCCCGCGCCCUCUCGCGCAAGCACCGCGACUGGCUCUCCACCCUACCCGUGAUCCUGGACGUCGGCUCCGUCGAGGGCCUCGGCAACCUCGUCGUCGUCCACGCCGGCCUCGUCCCCGGCCUCCCCCUGCGCCAGCAGGACCCGUGGGCCGUCAUGAACAUGCGCGGCCUCGUCUACCCGCGCGAGGAGCUCCGCCGCCAGGAGGCCCGCCGCGUCCUCGAGGACUACCGCAAGAUCCACACCGCCGCCCCCGACGUCACCGAGACCAUGGUGGAGCGCGAGCACGAGCGCCGCCGCAAGCCCGGCGACCGCGGCCUCGCCAUCCCCACCGACCGCCACGACGGCGCGAGCUCCUGGCCCCGCGCCUGGAACGCCCUCCAGCGGGGCCUGCCCGAGUCCGAGCCCCGCACCGCCGUCGCCUACGGCCACGACUCCAAGAGGGGUCUCAGCAUCGACAAGUACACCUUCGGCCUCGACUCGGGCUGCGUCAACGGCGGCGAGCUCAGCGCGCUCGUCAUCGAGGCCACGGCCGAGGGCGUCACGCACGCCGUCAAGAGCGUCAAGUGCGACAAGGACGGGGGCAAGGGGAGGAAGAAGCACAAGAAGAGCGAGAAGAAGGAGACGACGGCGGACGAGAAGGCUCGGUCAUAGCGAGCACGCUGCCGCCUUU